UAACAUAACCUGUACUUAAUGGCUCUUUAAUAAAUAAAGUAGGUAUAAUUGAAAUGUUAAAGAAUUGUUGUUCGUUUCAGUGCGUUUGUAUAAGUAAGGCUUGAGAAAUGUUACGUUAUUUUUAAAGAUCAAAAUGAUAACUACUCAAAAAACAGGUUUGUGUUUUAAUGCAAAUAAAAUUGAAAACACCAUAACAAAUGCGAAUAAGUAGUUGAGCCGCUAGUUUUAUUCUUGGUUAUCAUGUCUAAUUUUGAACACCUUUUCAAGAACAAGGGAGCACUGAAGAGUCAGGAACAAAGAAGAGAGGAGCUUUUGUUAUGCCUUAAGAAAAGACGUACCGAUGCUAUCGAUGAAAAACGAAAAAUCACAGAUCUGUUUGAAGAUGACAAUUCAAACAAUGAAAAUGAUGAUCAAGUGGAGCUCCAACGUAAUCAUAAAAUGUGGAGAAAUCAACAUAAACCUUUCUACAAUAGACUGAUGUUAUCUGAAUGGCUCAAAGAUAUACCAUACGAUUUGGAACAGAACUGGUUAGUGAAAUUGUGCCCUAAAGGUAGCAGGAAUCUAGUUGUAGCAGCUCACAACAUUACUACAUCUUAUUCUAGACUUGGAGUGGAAAAGUGCACAUUUGUGUCAUAUCUGCCAGGUGGCGGAAAUAAUAUAUCAGUGAAUGAUAAAUUCACUGUUUUAGAUUGCAUCUAUGAUAACAAACAAGAAUGUUAUUAUGUUCUGGAUGUUUUAGCUUGGAAUUCUUUGUCAGUAAAGAAAUGUGAUGCGGAUUUUCGUUUCUUUUGGCUUAAAUCUAAAUUCGAGGAGAACGACGAAUUACAGAAGAAAUCGCCGUGUAACAAAUACCCCUUCAUUCUAAUAGACUUUUUUCCUGCAGAAGUGCCACUUAUUGAAAACAUAUUUUCUAAACCGUUCUCGUUACAAGGUAAUGAAUUUGCAGAGCUCGAUGGAAUAUUGUUUUAUCAUAGAAAAACGCAUUAUAUUAACGGAAUAACACCCCUGGUGGGAUGGCUCAAGGCCUACAUGCUACCGGAAAUGCUGAACAUACCAGUGCAUGACAAUUACAUGUGCAAAAAACCUGAAAAUUAUAUAAGCCUCGCACAUUAUGUUGAAUGCAAGAAAAAAAUUAAAGUGAAAAAUAACAGGAAGAAAAUUGAAAGUAUGGAGACAUAAAUUUAAUUUCAAUUAUUCUUAUUGCCACACAAUAUUUUAUUGAGUAAUUAACUGUUAUUCGUUAAUGUUUUAAUUUGAAUGUAGAUGAAUAAGUUUUAAAUGUGAAACCAAAAUUGAAUUUAAUGACGCAUUUUAUUGUAUAAGUAGUAGUAAAUAAAAUCAUCGUAACGAA